ACUCCACCGGAAGUUUGGCUCUACUUGGCGCUAGCUUCGUACUGCAAAGCCACAGGAUAAAGCUGUCGUUUUCGGGAAAUGAAACAACUCCGAAUUUCCAAAAAUUAAUCAAAGCUCUAGGAACGGGCCGCCAUGGUGGAGACGCCAGAAGGGGGCGCCGCUCUGCUGCGCAGCCGCAAGCCGUCGCUGAUCGAGGCCCUGAGCGCCGACGCGGACCACGUGCUGCAGCACGCCGACUCCCUGUCCCUGCUCUCCCUGGGGGAGUACCGGCGGAUCAAAGCGCUGGCCGACCCCUCGCAGAAGGUCCGCGACCUGCUGGACUGCGUCAUACAGAAGGGGCGGGGCCCCGCCGACGCCUUCCUGGAGUUUCUGGGGAAGGCCGACACGCGGGACACUUUCCCCACGCUGUCCGUCAUCCUGCAGCGGGCGGAGCUUCCUCAGGAGGCCCAAGAGAAAGCCAACACCAAAAGGAAAAGGAAAAGUGAGGAGAAGGCAACAGAAAUGUUUUGCAAGAAACAGAAAUGCGAAGCCGGGUCGGAGCUGGUGACGGAGAAGCAGAUGAUGCUGGUGGCGCGGUGCCUGGGCCGUGACUGGAAGCAGCUGGGCAGGGUGGCGCUGGGGGUCUCCACGGUCCGGCUGGAGCAGAUCGAGGAGGAGAACCCCAGGGACCACGUGGAGCGGGUGUUCGCCAUGCUGCGGGUGUGGCGCGACAGGGAGCGCUGGACCGCCACCGCCGCCCGCCUGCACGCGCUCCUGUCCGCCGACGAGUGCGGCCCGCCUCCCGAGAGCGUCGACUUCCUCCUGGACCCCGCCUGAGCGCCGCCCGCUACCGCUCUCUGACUGCAGGGGGCGCUCUCACUCACACUUUACCCCGGGAAAAAUUAAAUGUGUGUGUGUGUGUGUGUGUGUGUUCAUACAUGAGUGCGAGUGUAGGCUCAUGUGUGUUUGGGGGUUAGCACGGGAAAGAGUGUGUGUGUGUGUGUGUGUGUGUAUGUGUGCGUGUGCCUGUGGUAGUGCUAGUGUGUGUAUGCAUGUGCGUGUUCAUGCGUGUGUGAACGCAUGUGCCUACGGUCGUUCUUAUGUGUGUGUGUGUGUGUGUGUGUGUGCCUGUGGUAGUGCUAGUGUGUAUGCGUGUGUGUGCACAUGCUUGUGCAUGCGUGUGUGCCUGCGGUAGUUCUUGUGUGUGUGUGUUUGUGUGUUUUUUUAAGUGAAUCAGGAUCUUUCACAUGGCAUUCUUUCUUUGUUAUAAUGGGCUGUUACCAGACAAUCAAUGCAAGUUUUAAUUUAAAUAAUGAAUCCAAGUUCUGUUCACACUAGACAAGGCUUUAUAAUGUUUUUAAGCAAAACAGGGCGAGGGACAGCUGUCUUAUCAGUUAUGACAUCAUAACAGCUCAUUGUGCAUUAGUUUCUUUCCUCAACUACACAGUAAAAACUAUCAAUAGACUGCUGUCGCCUUCUAGUGGUCAAGUUUAGUUUCUAAAAUCAGCCUUUCCCAACUCUCCUCUAAAACCUUACAAAGCCACCUUUCCACACAUCAUCACUGUGGUCCCAUAUCACAUUGCCGUGAAACCAAAACUGCGCUGCUGUCAGAGAAUAUGUCUUCUCUGUGUGAACGGUUGCUAAAUUUUCAGAUUGAUUGAUUUUGUAUCAUUCCUGCAAUAUUCAAAAUUUAAUACAGAAUCCAAACAUAUACAGUAUAUACUUUGUUGUAUAUUUUUAAAUAAAUCAAAAUUAUGUAUUGGC